GCGCAAGAGAGGACAAAAGUGAAGUGGUUCUCCUCAGAGAGGGACAGCCUUAACCGGGACCUAAUACUUUUGUACUUUUUUUUUUUUGUUUUUUUAUUUCACCACAGUUAAUCAUAAGGGAUGCAUGUUUUCUUUCCUUAAAGUGAGCCCGGACGCAUCAGUUUUGCACGCUGCCCUCAUUUCGAAGAGUGUUUCAUGGAAGUAACGGUGCAGAAUACGAGGACGACGUUUAUGAGCAAAAUUGCCUUUCUUGCUUUUCCCAAACUUGGAGUCGUAGUGGAUUCCUUUUUAACCUCAUUUGGAGAGAGAUUUGGAUUAAGUGCGCAAAACCAAAGUUUGUGUGUGGAAUAAAAAAGGAAGGAUGCUGCUGCUUGUACGAUGGAAGUGAAGAACUUUUUUGCUUUUGCGGCGGUGGUUGGUCUCCUUUUUAGCGUCGUUGUGAGCCAGCAACUGAAUCCCAAAGGCAGAAAUGUAUGCAAAGCAGCAGGAUCUCCAGGGCUGGUGUGCUGCAGCGGAUGGGCUCAGCUAGGGGAUGAUUGCCUCACACCUCUCUGUGAAGGCAACUUCACCUGCAAGGAAAACGAGGUGUGCGUCAGGCCUAACGAAUGCCGCUGUCGCCAUGGAUAUUUUGGAGCGAGCUGUGACACAAAGUGUCCUGCCCAGUUUUGGGGUCCAGACUGCAAGGGUAAAUGUAACUGUCACCCAAACGGCAAGUGUGAUGACUUGACUGGAAAGUGCACGUGCAACCACAAUCGCUGGGGGCCCAACUGCGAGAACUCAUGCAUGUGCCAAAAGGGCAAAUGCGACCAAGACACGGGCUUCUGCACGUGUCACCCGGGCGUCUGGGGCCCUCAGUGCAACAACAACUGCUACUGCAGCGUCAAUUCAGUGUGCGACCCGAUGACGGGGCGCUGCCUGUGCAGCCCCGGCUGGACGGGGCGGAACUGCGCCAUCCAGUGUAAUUGCAACAACUCGCCGUGCGACCAGUUCACGCAGCGCUGCCAGUGCCGAGAGAGGAUGUGGGGCCCCAGGUGUGACCGAUAUUGCCAGUGUUUCCACGGAAAGUGCAGCCUGGCGGAUGGCUCGUGUACCUGCACCCCGGGCUACCGUGGGAAGUUUUGCAGAGAGCCUUGUCCUGCUGGUUUCUACGGGCAAAACUGCAGGAACAAGUGCGGCCACUGCAAAGGCCAGCAGCCGUGUAAGGUGACGGAGGGAAGCUGUGUCACGUGCGACAGAGGCUGGAACGGAACGCGGUGUGACCAGCUCUGCUCUAAAGGCUUCUUUGGCGAAAACUGCCAGGAAGUGUGUCCCACCUGUAAGGACGGCCAUCAUUGUGACCCCAUUCAGGGCAAGUGCUCGCACUGUAACCCCGGCUGGAUUGGGGACAGGUGUGAGGUGCGCUGCCCCAACGGCACGUACGGCGAGAAUUGUGAGAACAACUGCAGUCACUGUUUCAACGGCAACUGUCAUGUCGUCACCGGAGAGUGCCUGUGUGACCAAGGAUUUUACGGGACCUACUGCAAUAUGACCUGUCAACCUGGAAAAUACGGAGUGAACUGCAACCAAACCUGCUCUUGCCAUGACAAGAACUGCGACCCCGUGUCUGGUGCCUGCUAUCUUCAGCCAAACCAGCGGAUGGGUGUGAUUGCGGCCGGAACGCUCGUCUCCUUUUUGCUGAUCGUCCUUCUCGCUCUGCUGUGCUGCUGCUGCCUCUGUCGGCACAAAGACGACCACAAAUCUAACCCAGACAACUCUUCCAACAGCAAAAAAGCCAAGCGGAUUCUGUGCGGACGAUUUAGCCGAAUCAGCACUAAACUUCCCCGUAUUCCACUGAGGAGACAGAAACUGCCAAAAGUAGUUGUAGCCCACCACGACCCCGAGCACAACUUCAACUGCAGUUUCAUCGAGCCCCCCUCGGUGGCCGAGCAGCCCUCCCCUUCCUCCUGGUCCUCCCAGGAGUCCUUCUCCUCCUUUGAGAGUGGCGACGAGGGCCCAGUUUACUGCGUGCCCAAUGAAGAGUCUGUGAAUGAAAGCAAGGAGAAGCGCAGCCACAGUCCAGAAACCGAGAAGCCAGAAGCUGCUCCCGCUGUUGAGGAUGCAGGAGAGUACACCUCCCUUAAGGAUACCAGUGUCGUUAAACCGGAGGGCGGUGAUCAACCUGUGUUGAAGUCCUCGGACAGUGAAAGCUCUACCAGCGGUUCAGAGUAUGCAGCUGCAACCCUCUACGCCCGAAUUGCCCGUCUCUCCAAGCAGUCCAAGGAGGAUGAAAAUAUUGGCAAAGAUGGGGACCUACCAAACCCAGAGUAUAAGCGCAACGGAAAACCACCACCGUCACCUGGUAAGCCCAAGCCACGGCCACCAGACCCCUCAACCAAGCCAAAGGUAUCGUGGAUCCACGGAAGCACUCCCCAGCCAGAACAGCAAGGGCAGGCCGGGAUUAAAGCCCUCACCGUUCCAAAAGAGAAAAAGAGGAGCCCCAGUGACGUCUCAGCCAAGAGUGAGAAGAGCAGUGAUCAGCAGAGAAAGCACGACGGUGACACACAUGGCUCACCCAAUAAACACAAACCUCUUCGAGGCAAGAAGUCUGGGGAUGAGCAUAGCAGUCCCAGUCACAUGGAGCACAUCAAUGGUGUGGUUCAGAGCGCCCUCAGGAAGAUUAGUAACUUCCACACCACUUCGUCUGAGAAGAAGAGUACUGAUACUUCAAAAGAGACCCACAAGGAUCCCCCUAAGAGCCCCAAGGUCAUCCAUCCCCACAUGAACUCUGAGGCCGCCACCCUCCUGGCUGCUCAGCUCAAGGAGAAAACCCAAAGCAUCAACAGGAACGAGGGGACGGGCCUGACGAAGACCAACGGACUAUCAACACCCAAGGGAACCCGGGAGAGGCCCACACCUCCGCAGAAAGCCAAAAGGACCCCGUCCACAGGCUUGAGCCAGCAGGGAUCCACUAAGCCACUGCUGCCCACCUCCAACAGCCUCCAGAAGAUGGUGGCGCCCAUCACCACUGACCACGGGACCCCUGAAGCCAAGAGCCCGGAAAAGCAGGACUUGAACGGCUCAAGGGCGGGGGAUCCGGUGGCCGAUGCUACACCGAAGAAGACUCCCAUUAAAAAGCCACCGAGGAAGAAAGGCAAGGAGGCUACUUUGGAUACGCCAGAGAGCAAAACACCCCAGCAAAAGACAGCCAUCAUGCCACCCCAGAUGGUCAAGUAAGUGUGUUUAUUUCACAAAUUUGCUGCAUUUGUAUGCAAAGAGACUCAAAAUUGAUUCGUUGGAAACUGACACAAGUCUGCAGUGACACCAGGGCCUACCAAGUGUGACGAAUGUUUUUUAACCAAAGAUCAUCAUAUCAUAUCUAUAUGCAUUCCACCAUCUGUAUUUGUUUCAAAACACAAUCUGUGGCCAAUGCUUCAUUCAAGAAAACUGGGAAGUUGGAUACAUGCCAGUUGGAGCUUAGCGGUCGGAUCUCAUUCCUUACAAAAAAAUAAAAAAUAAAAUAAAGUUGCCAACUGUGAUGAAAAAAAAAAAGUUUGCGAAGAGACAGUCAAUAGUUCAGGCAAGAAAUCAAAACUUCAUACAAAAGAUUAUCUUGCAUUGUGUCUACUAUUGAGCAUUUGGAUUUCAAUUUCCUUGACUAUGGGGAACACAAACAAUCUAUUAAUCAAAUAAUAAUUUUUAAAGAUGGUGUUUAUUGGGGUGGAAUAAUCUCUCUUUAAAUUUUUUUAAUGCCAGUUCAAUGUUUUAAUGCCAGUAAGAAUAAUAUUGCUGGAAGAGUUUCCAUGGGAUGGAUGUUGCUCUGGAGCCAGACGCUCUAACCAGUCGCCCACCAUGCCGCUGUUUCUGUCGUUUCACUCCAAAUGAAACAAUUUCCAUGCAGGUAUAAAAUGACAAUAUCUAGUCAGAAUACAUUCCCCUAACUCGUGACAUCCUGUUGCACUUUUCCUGGUCAGAAGUUGGAAAUUUGCGACUUCCCAGUUUUCUAGAAUGCAGCAUUAGUCAAACCAGCAGCUCUGCAGUGUAUCAUUCUGUUUAUAAAUACUCUUCACAGGUACUAAACAUACUGGUUCCUCUGAAGAUGACAAGCUAUUUUUCUCAUAUUUCUGUGGACCAGCAUGCAUGAUAGAAAAAAAUUUUUUUUUUUACCUUUUGUAGCCAACUCAAUAUUUUACUGAUGGGGUGCUGAACGACAGCAACACAAUUGAGAAUUAAUGUAACAGAUGCAGGGGUGUGAAGGAGUGAGCAAACUCAAGCAGUUUGCGAAAUAGUAAGACAUAGACUUGAGUACAAGUCCGGAAUUUACAGUGAUGCUUGCUGUCCAGAUGCUCCUGACCUAUAAACAUAAAGUUUUUUUGUGAUGUUUAGUGUUUCACUUUUUCUUAGCUGUGAAAACCAACCAACCAACCAACCAAGUAGAAAAGGUUCCAAGUUACAAAGACAUCAGCAGAUUUGGAGCAGAUUUUCUUGAUUUUGAGUGUUUGGACAGGCACCAAAUCACCAGAAUGUUGCUCCUUGGACAGAAAUCAACAUAUUAAGCUGAAAUCCCAAGCCAACGUUGGGCUGCGUGAACUUUUUGUCAUGCUUAUGAAACCCUUUAAACCGUCCAUUUUCCAAACCACAGUCAUCUGGAGUUCGCGCAAGCUGCAUUUAAUAAAACAUAACUUCGGUGUAAUGUUUUGUCUAUGAACGCAUGUGUCAAGAAACGACUGUUCUCUCAAAAACAGAUGAAUGAAUGUGAUAAGGACCUUUUUCUCUUGUCUGUUUCUGUCAUCAGGUUAUAAUAAAGGUUUUAAAAAAAAAACAUCAAAUGUUUUGGCCGAAAGGAUCAUAUUGUCAUUCAAUGCUGAAGUUACAAGCUGCUUUUUAGGGUGAAACUUAAUGGUAGCGUGUUAAAGUGUGGCUCGACUGUGGAUCAGUUUAAGCAACAUAAUUUUAUUAGCUAGUCUCCCUUGUUUUGUGUUGGUUUUAAGCAAAAGGUGGAAUCACAGGUACUUAAACUGGAAUGAUUCAUGUUUUUUCAAGAGGAAACGGUUUAUUGUUCAGGGUGUUGUUGAAUAGCUAUUUUGAAAGUUUGUCUUUUUUAAGGUACAAGUUCUUAUGUUACUUUUGCAUCUUUUCCAACAUGUAUAAAUUGUGUACUUUUUACUGUCUUUGUAAGCUGUGCUUAUAUGACCCUCUGUGUUUUUUCUCUGUGUGUGUCAAUGAACUGGCCUUCAUGUUGUAUGUUCCGAAGGAGUAUUAGGGCCACACUGAAAAGAAAAAUUGUGAAAUUAAAGUUACAACUCCCACACAAAUUAACGCAACAGUUUGAGACGAACAGCUGCCAUCUUUCCCUCGUGUAAUGCUAUUAAUUAUUCUCAAAACCCUUUUUGUUGAUGAUUGAACAAAGACAACAAAAGAGGUGUUUUCUUUAUGUUCAGGUCUUUCUCAAGAGCAGACAAAUGUUUUGACAAUCACAUUAAAAGCCCUAUAAAGUGAAUUCAAAGAUUUGUUUCUCAAUUCUCGUGCUCAGACUCACUCUCUUUGGUAUGUACUGUAUGUUGACAGUAACGAAUGACUUCCAGUUAGAAUUGAAUCGUUACUCCUUGUACUGUUCCAAACUAAAGAAAUGUCAUUGUCCAACUAAUACAAAAUCCAAUGAGACUAUUUAAAAACUAUUUAUUGAACAGAGUACUCUGGCGCAGUUUGACUGACGCUUCUCCCUCCGGAAAAUAUUUUCUUUUAGGUCGUUUAAAAUGGCUUACUUUAACCAGGAUCCCUCAUCCGAUGUUCCGGUCUCUGUGCUGUAAAAUGUGUAAAUCCACGCUGGCUGGGACCAGCUGCCUCCUUUUUAGCCAAUUUGAUUUCAUAAAUUUCCAGGUCUGGAAAAGAAUGGAAAAUAGAAAAAUUGUAUGGAAAAAUAUUCAUGUUUCCCAGAAUGUUACAAUAGCUCUAUUUUCUUAAACAAAAUGUUUUUUUAGGGCUCUUGGAAGAGCAGCUACAAUUAUGUUUAUGCGAGACCACACAGUAUUAUUCCAUGGUCUUGGUGAAUACUUGAUUCUGAUUGGCUCAGAAAAUUCCACCAAACAUCCCUUCAAAUGUCUCAAGUAGUUCCUGUCAAAACCUAAUUUCAUUGUUCCAAAUAAAUGCGCACCACCCUUUGCCGUUAGAUUAUACAAGCAAACAUAGCAACCCGACACAGUGAGAUUUUCUGAUAAGUAAACAUACUUUACUCUGAUGAUGCAAAUUAGCUAAUUUAAAACAAUAGUGAAUGAUUUAGUCAUUCACUUCAAUUGGUAAUUACAACACCUUUCAUGACUGGGAUGCUGCUGAGGAAGUGAGGCAAAAAUGAAGUGACAGCAGCGGCACAGAGUUAACUCAUUCAGAUUUAAACCAACUCGCAGACAAGAAGGGAAUGAAAUCAAUGUAAAGAAAGCAACAAAAUAAGCAAUGAAAAUGCUGAGACACAUCCUGGCACAAAAACUGACAACUGAGAACUGAACACAUCACUGUUGAUGUUUUGAAUGAUACCCUGCGACACUUUUAAGCCGCCGUCCAGUCAACGAAGACCGACAGAGACUACAGCGUUGCUAGCCUGACAGCUGGCCUCAACCGCACAUAAAUAUACCGAAUGUAUGAGUAAUAAGGAAAAAUGAUUUUAUUGUCAUACCUGUGGUUGUUAUUUAACAUUGUAAAACUAGUAAAUGUAUUUGCUGGAGUACUGAAUAGCGUUUACAUUCCCUUAGAAAGUUAUGAGAUUGGAAUAGUCAUAGUCAAGCCCUCAGGCGUUGCAAGAGAAAAUAAAUUGUUUUAUUACUAUAUUAUUAUCAACAAAGGCCGAAAAUCAUUAUAAAAUAUUAUUAUUAUUAUUAUUAUUAUUUUAAGUUGCAGCGCUGGUCAGGAUAAAGUAAGUAGAAUGACAUCCUAAGAUUCGGUCUGAUUCGAGUCUGAAAAUUCUGAUGAGAUGAUCGCAUGAGUCACUACCCAUUCAGGAACAGGCAAACAUGAACUGUGUUGUACUCAAUUGUGGAGGUACUCUAGCGUUAAAGUGUUUUUCACCAUGUCGGUUUUUCUGACUUUUUGGGUGGCGCCCAGUGACACACUUGGGCAUCCGGCAUGAGUCGCUCCUCCCCGACUAUCUAAGAACUUGAGCGCCAUCGUUCAAAUCAGUGGUUAUCCCGCUUAAGUGUGUGUUACGUAGUUAUUACUAAGCGUAUUUCUAUCUACCACUACAGCGUGCAGUUAGCUAGCUGGCUAUGCCUUACAUCUUAUAUCUUGCCUUGAUGGCACAUUUUGCAGAACAGCUCUGUGCCGUUCUUUAAAUUCCCAAGGGAGGAGGCUAGGCCUACGAAAAGUCCACUGCCCAUUCGCCGGCCCAGCGGAGCCCCGGAAACAUGUUAGCUCGCAAGCUAGCUGCUGGCUAGUGCCUUUCGUUGCGGCGUGAAAAGCCCUGCAACGACCCGUUAGGAUGUAUUCCAGCCAGCAGAGGCUUUAAGCAGAUAUAUUUUCACAGCAUAAACAUGUAGGGAUAAGAAAAAUGCGAGACAAAGAAGCAUUCAUUUUUCAGCGGGGCAUAGUUUCAUGCAUUCAACGUACAAAUGCCGUUAGAGAGCGGAGAUAAGGGCUUGAUUUUUGACAAUUUUGAAGCCUCAUUUCAUACAAUAUACUUUUUUUUAAUCAUUCAAAUUUGGCAGGGCUGUUCACACUCUUCUAUGUGGUGUGUCAAAUUUACAAAAAAAUAAUAAUCAUCAUUUUUACUUUACGGGGACUUGAAAUCACGUGAUUGUUUGUCAGACUUAAAUGAAAUAAUUAUGCAUAGUUGUUGUUGUUUUUUACAAUUUGUGUCUUAAUAAUAUUUGUGAUAUGCCUUUAUCAACACCCAAAGGAACAAAAAUGAAAAGGCUGUCUUGGGUAAAUCAGGCCGUUUGAGAGGGUGGCCCGGUCCCAUGCAAGUGACAUACUGCUGAAUUGUGAUUAGGGAUUUUGUUACCAUGGCGCCUCGGGGCUGAGCUUGAGGUGACUGCUCUUAAAGCCCUGAAGGUAAAACAACGACUGCAAACUGCUGUGAAAGCAGCACUUCAUCACCAAGCCGACAAAUUGCACUUGUCAAUUAUAGUGUUUGUUGUAGUGUUUGACCGCUCUGUGUCCAGACUAAAAAUGAAUGGUGCAUGCCCAAAGCCGCCACUGACCAAUGUAAACAAGUCAACCAUUUUUUUACAGUGCGGACCUAAUACUCCUUUGUACUAUGUUACUUUUUUUUUUUUUUUUUUUUUACUUUUUAAUCAAAAUUCCAUCCUGUAAAGUUCACAAUGUAAUUGUUCUCUGUUGAUGUUAUUGUUUGUGGAACACUUAACUGCAUGAUGCAGAGUAUAAUUAUAUGGCAUUAACAGCUGCACAGGAAAACUGUAAACUCCACCUACCCCUUUUCCGUACAAGAAAUGAUUGUACAAUAUGAUGAUACCACUGACGAAACCAUUGCAUACGAAAAACCAUAACGUGUAAUAAUGAUGUGGCAAUUUUUAAAUUGGGGGCUUGCAUGUGUGUACAGGAGGGCCUCAAAUGCUGUAACACUGUUACCAGCUGUAAAAGUGUAUUUUGUCCUUUGGGGUUUGUUUUUAAACAUAUUUGUAUGGUCAUUAAGUCGGUGUUCUCAUUUACUUACCUGGAAUUUAAAAAAAAAAAAAAAAAAAAAAAAGCAAUGCCACUAUUGUGAAACCAGCUGUAGCUUUUUGUAGGGCACGGAACCAUAUUUGAUCACUUCAAUUUGAGGCUGGAUUAGAACCAUGUGAUGUUUUUCACAGAAAGCUUGGAAUAAACCUGAUAUGUUAUAAUUCAAUAAAAUCAAUAACUGCUUGUUAUUAUAAAUAAGAUAAUUUUGAUUAAAAAUAGAGAAAAACAUUGAAGUAAAAAAAUAUUUUGUAUUAGUGUUUCAAUGACUGGCUUUUAAAUCAGUUUCUAAACAUCAGAUUAUUUAUUGUGGCCUUCUCAGGGAUGCUUGACCCAUAUUCAGCUAUUAUUCCAGACAACACUCAGCUAGACCAUCUGUGCUGUAGAAAAAAAAGUACAUAUUGACUCAUAAUCCAAUAAACGUCCAAUUGUCUUUCAUCCUUGAUAUUUGACCCUUUCCUGUGGGUCCAAGCAGCAGGGUUCUGGGGUCGACAGCCGCCCUUCAAAGAGGCAGAGGAAACCAGGGAACUGUUAGUUUGGAUCGCUCCGGGAUGGGGGACAAGAGCUCCUUUCACAAGGGGAAACAGUGGAAUGUCUGUAACAAGACGCAAUCACGCGCUGCGUAUAUGUCCUCCUUAGCGGGACAUAGCCGAGGCUGUGAAGACAUUGAAGGAAGAGGAUGCACAUAAGAAUGGAUGGAGAGAUCAUGUGGUUGGUAAUUGGAGCCAGAAGGCAAAACAGCUUUGUUUUCACUUCAUCUGUAAUUUUUGGAGGGUUGAAUGCAUGAAUGCAAGCAAUUUUGAGAACAACCAAAGUGAAAUGCAAUCUGUUAUGAUGGGCCAAAACAUUUUCUUCAUGGGAAAUAGAAAUAGAAAUACAGUGGUGCCUUGAGAUACGAGUAACCUGACUUACAAAUUUUUCUAGAUUAAUUUUUUUGCUUUGACUUGCAGGCAAAAUUUGGAAAGAUUUUGGUAGUCAACUCACUCACUUGACAGCAAAGUAGCAGUUGGGCACAUAGUCAAAAAUGCUUUAGAAAAUGCUUCAAUCUGUUCAAUGCUGCUCCCAGUUGAAGUAUACUGCCAAGCUCCACUGUCCCAAGUUGUUCAGGGCAGAUAAACUAACGGGUUCUCUGUACACCCUUUGGCGAUUUGGACACAAGUCGUUUAUUGGUAGGUCGACUGAAAACUAUCACUUCCGUGCAACAUGGAGAAUGGAAUGGGAUAAACAAACACAGGAACUCAAAUAAACAGCCGUGUGUCAAUGUGA